AUGUUCGGCUCAUCCCGUGGAGGUGUGAGGGGGGGACAGGACCAGUUCAACUGGGAGGAUGUGAAGACAGAUAAGCAGCGGGAGAACUAUCUGGGGAAUUCCCUCAUGGCUCCGGUGGGAAGGUGGCAGAAGGGGAAGGACCUCACAUGGUAUGCGAAGGGGAAGAAGGAGGGCGUGCAGAUGUCCCGGGAAGAAGAGUUGGCUGCCGUCCGGCUGGCCGAACAGGAGGCCAUGAUGGCAGCACUAGGCUACAAGAAUAUGAAGAGACACCCCACCGGCCUGAGCAAAGAGGACCUGGCCGAGGUCUGUAAGCGCGACGGAGUGGAACAGGAAGAUAAAGAUGUGGAUCGUGUGGUGGGGCUGGGGAGCUCAAGUGGCUGUUCUGGCAGAAUGACGCUUUCCAAAGAAGACAAAGAGGCAGCCAAGCUGGGGCUUUCUGUGUUCACGCAUCACAAAGUAACCGAGAGUCCAGAGACUUCCAGUGCAAAGAGGAAGCAGGACAAGGAAGAAAAAGCAGAAGAGAAAAGGCCUGAGAGCAGCAAGAAAUCCAAAAAGGAGAAGAAGAAAAAGAAGAAGAAAAAGCAUAAGAAGGAGAAGAAGAAGAAGGAAAAGGAGAAACAUCACAAGAAAGAGACUGCCGCCUCUUCUUCUGCCUCCUCUCCAGACCAUGAGGAGAGGAGGAGGAGGAAAACCCCUUCCCCCAAGGACCAUUCAUCAUCCUCCCAGCGGGCUGGAGCUGGCCGCCGUGACAGUCAUUCAUCACCCAAAGCAGAGACACAGAGAUGGCCCAGCAGGCGACGGCAUGACACAGACUCCUCCAGCAGCCCCCCUCGCCGCCCAGCUCACAGGAGGGGCAGCAGCGACAGCCCCAGCCGCCAUUCACCCCCAGCAAGGAAAAGGAGCGGAAGCAGGACCCCUCCCGCACGCGGCGCCAAGCGGCGGCACGACACCGAUUCAGACGACUGAUUCGGGGCAGGCAGGGGUGGGGGUCCAGCGCUGCGGUCGCCUUGUUUCACAGGGAUCCUGUCUGGAUAACAGUGAUGAGGCCAGACCUCUAGCUGAUGCAAGCCAGUGCAGCUCGGACCUUACUGUGUGACCCCAGGCCUCUGAGUGGCUCUCGAGCUUCCCCAGCUGAGGGUCUGGCCCGGGGAUUUUUAAUGCCCGUGUCUGUUAUCAGUUUGCACCUUUUGGAUGGUGCCAGCAGCUGUUAAAGCACAGAUGCUUUCGGUAGGGCUGCCCUGAUGUGCUCUGCCGGCUGGGGUUUGCAGGGAGGGAAUCAUUCUGCAUUGUAGGCACUUACCCUAGCAACAGUUCUCGUUUGCGGCUGGGACAGUGCCCAUACUGGAAGGAUGGUGCUGGUAACACAUCUAAGAUAGACUAGCUCUUGGGCUAAGAUAGAUGAGCUCUUGGCCAGGGAUGCUGCCCUGCUCUGGUCUUUGGCUCUCUGACUCUCCUGAGAGAUCCCAGCCAUGCUAGGAUCUUCACCCAAGGGUGACAGGAUCACAGUCUUAGUUUCGGAAUAUCUGUUUCUUAAUAGCCAAAAAAAGGGCUUGUUGGGAAGAGUCUUACUUCCUGUAGGAAGUGUUUGUAGCUUGCCACAUAGGCAAGGCCAGUGGACUGAGAAGGCAGCGUUUUUUGGUCCAUCUGAGCAUCCAAGACCCCAGCGGGCUGCAGCUGGAACAGCAUGAGCUUUUACACCAAAGGAGUCAUUGCGCACGGGACCCCUAGGAAUGCACAGUGAAAAGUUUAUAGAUGUGGUUUUUAACUUGCCACUGUGUAUUUAAAUCCCCCAAAUGGCUUCUAAUGAAGAA